AUGCUCACUGGAUUGGAUAUAAUCUUUCUGCUACUGUCAAUAGCAGGAUUCACAACUGGAAUGUUGGGGAAUAUGUUCAUCGUACUGGUAAACUGCUCUGGAUGGCUCAAGAACCAACACAUCUCUUUAUCUGACAUCCUCUUCACUUGCUUGGCUAUCUCCAGAGUUACUCAGUUGUUGGUAUUAUUUUUUGAAUCAGUUACAGUGGUAAUACCAUCACAUUUCAUUUCCACUUAUAAACUAGUAAAACCUGUUUCAUUCCUUUGGAGAAUAACUAAUCACUGGACUACCUGGCUUGCUACCUGCCUAAGCAUUUUCUACCUCCUUAAGAUAGCUCACUUCUCUCACUCUCUUUUUUUCUGGCUGAAGUGGAGAAUAAACAAAGUGGUUCUUGUGAUUCUUGGAUUUUCUUUGUUCUUUCUGAUUUCUGACUUUGUAUUGCUAGAAGAAUUUACUGAUCUCUUCUUGAAUGUCUAUGUGACGAAUAAAAGUAAUCUGACUUUAUAUACAGAUGAAAGUAGAACUCUCUGUCUUGAAAUUAUGCUUUUUCUUAGCUUGACCUGUUUGUUUCCUAUUGUUCUGUCUCUGGCCUCAUUGUUUCUUUUAUUUCUGUCUUUGGUAAGACAUAUCAGAAACUUGCAACUCAACUCUAUGGGCUCAAGGGAUUCUAGCACAGAGGCCCAUAAAAGGGCCAUAAAAAUGAUAAUGUCUUUCUUCUUUCUUUUCAUAGCUAAUUUUUUUUCCACAGAAAUGUCAUAUUGGAUUUUUCUUAUAUUUCCAAUGAACACGUUUUCAAAAUAUGCCAUGUUAGCGAUCUAUAUCUUUCCCUCAGUCCACUCACUUCUUUUGAUUCGGGGAAACAGCAAGCUAAGACAGACAGCCUUGAAGGUCCUCUGGCAUUCUGAAAACUAA